AUGAAUAAUGUUUUGACACGCCUUCAUGGAGGCAGAACAAAAAACAACCGACUCUCAAGUAGGCAAAUUGACUCACUCGUUCUCGGAAAUUUGAUCUCUUCACUUCUUUUGUCCGUUUCUGGACAAGAAACAGUCAAAACGACGACAACGGCAAUCAGCACGACGGUUGCGAACUCUUCGGAGACGCACGUCUACACGACGGCUUCUGGAUUCGGUUCGGGUAGCAAUUUUUGGGCAACGUCGACACAAUCCAUGCGGUGCAAUGAUCUUAAACGAGCUGUGGAAGAUAUAGUUCUCCGACCAGACGAGAAUCGCAUUCAAGACCUCCACCAUCGUGAUACCAUCGCUGCUUUGGAUCUCUGCCAACUGGAAACUUCCACGUCUUCAGCCCCACGCCCAGAUGAAAUCACUGCAUCUGCUAUGAAUGCGUGCUCUUGUUCCAGUGAAAUCGUCGGAAGUCAAACAUCAUCAACAGUAACAGCUGAUUCUUCUCGUCCACCUCCUCCACUAUGUGCCAGUUCUUCUUUGGAUGCUAUAAUGUUCCGCCAACAGCCGAUUCCAUCUCAUAGGCAUUCGGCAAGUGGUUCUCGACGACAAUCAAGAGUUUACUCAAAUUUACACUCGAAACGGAAAAGGAGUAAUUCGCUGACAAAUUAUAAUAAGGGCCAAUCACUAUCUGUAUCUCUACCACCAUCGGCUCGCCAUACUCCCCAUCGUUUUGUAAAUGAAGAAGACGCUUUUCGCAAUUCAAUCGUCUCUUCUGAUUCUCAUUCUUCAGUCGCUAGAAGUGAUGAAUACAAUAAUGGAUACGUACUGGAAGAAGAGGAAAUAUCUAUUGUCCCAGGAAUACCAAACGAUGCUCCACCAUCCCUCCUUCAUUCGAAUCAUUCCACAUGCUCAUCAUCCUCUUCUUCCAAUCCAUUCACUUCUUAUCGACAACCAAAACACGAAUUCGAUGACGAUGAUAUGAUGGACUGUGAUUGA